AUGAAUGCACAGAAAGCACGCGUUGCAUGUAUGUCAAAUAAGUUUAAAAACAUAAGAGAAAUAGGUGAAGAUACAUAUCAAGUGAUGCUUAAAGAUAGAUUUUAUAGAUGUGAUACAUGUUUACAAGAGGCAUUCUUCACUUUAGAUAAUGCUAAAUACUGGUAUUUGGUUUUCAUUUAUGAUUUUAUGUAUAAAUGCUUGAAUGUUAAUCGUUUUCAUUUCAUUGAAGGUGAUACUGAUUCAUCUUAUUGGGCAAUCGCUGGCGACCCAAAUCUUCCUAACACUCAAGCAUUUCAAGCAAUUGUUACCGAUAAACAAUUUUAUGAUAAAAACAUUUUCAAAUUCGCACCAUUUGAUUUCUUCUGUUUUGAUGAGAAAUUUAAACCUAAAUUAAAGAAUAAAGCUGAAGAAAAAGCACAUGAGAAGAAGUUAUUGGGUUUAGCAAUUCAGAAACAAGGUGAUAACAUGGUUGCUUUAUGCCCUAAGUGUUAUACAUCAUUCAACGGUUCAAUUGAUGGAAGUGAUUUUAAAAAGAUUGCACAAAAAAUGAAAGGUGUUAGUUUACGACAAAAUAAACAAUUAACACCUAAAAAUUAUUUGGGUAUAAUAAAUGAUAAAGUGAUAUUUGAUGGUCAGAAUAUUAAUUUACAACUUAAAAACGGGUCAAUGACUCGCUUAACAAUCGGUAAGACUGCAUUAACAGGAGCACACACUAAGGCUGUAUGUUGUGAAAAUGGAUGUUGUAUGCCAUUUAUUUAA